AUGGCUUGGACAUCAAAAUGUACAACCAUGGGAUACCAAAUCACAUUCUCUCGAUCACUCAUUCAAGUUGUUAAACCUAGUUGGGUUUUUGCAAGUUUCUUAGGAAUCCCACCACGACUUGAUAAUUACUACUAUCUUACAAGUCAAUUACAACAAUUUGCCAACACCACUGACUUGAGUAAUAAUGUUACUCAAGUUAGCAUUUAUCUGCAAAGCUCUGUAAUAAUAAAACAAAAGGAAAUUAGAUUACAUACGGUGUAUAAUGCCGUUGGUUCAUUUGGCGGUGUUUGGACGCUUUUAGCAGGAAUUUAUAGUUUAGCUUUCGGAGGUUCUAUCGUCGAUUACGUUGUAAAAAAUAUUUUCAGCAAAAUCAAGAAGACGGAUAAAAGUGAUACACCAAGUGAAAAUCAAAAAUCUAUAGAUAUAUUAAAUAAUGUAUAG